GCCUCACUUUAAGCCGGCCCUGCGUAUUCAUUGAUUGGAAUCAUAAUUCAGUUAUACGAAUUCCAGCACUAAUAUUACGAUUCUUUUCUAUAAACAAUGUAAAUCGUAUUAAAAGAGAAGAUUCUGAAAAUUCAGGUUUUGUACUUUCUAACGACCCAAAAAAAAUCUUCAAAACUCGAAGCACGACUCGAAUGUUUUCAACAAAAUUGUGCAAGGAAUUGAUAUUAACACUGAGGAGGUAAAAGAUUGAAGUGAAUAUCCAUGUACCACGCAAUAAUAGAGAAAGUCCUUGAAACAUAUUCGAUCUACAACUCCCGAAAGAAUGAGAGGAACAGGUCUGUAAAUUAUGUCAGGCUUGGAUUUGUUGAGUGCUUAUACUUCGGAUUCUGAGGACGAUGAAGUUAACAACGAAACAUCUAAUCAAAAUGUUGACCGAUUACCUUUACCUGGAAUCAUUGCAUCUUGGAAAGGUGUCCCACAUCACGAAGAAGUAGAAGACGAUCCUUCACAACAUGACGGAAGGACAAGAAGCUUUAAACACGAACGUGGUAACUGGGCUACGUUAAUUUAUAUUAAUUAUAAACUUAGCGAGGCGAUCGACUCAUGGAUGUUCUCGGUAUUGGAUAAAGUACCGGUUAAAUGUAACAUAUUUUCUGAUGAGUUUCACGUUAGUAUAACAAGGACAGUAAUAUUAAAGUUUCAUUGGAUUGAAUCCUUCGUAGAGGAAACGAAGAAAUUAUGUAGCCAGACAGACCGAUUUAGUUUGGAGCUAAUUAAUGUACGGGCGUACAUUAAUGAGGAAAGAACUCGCACGUUCCUUGGGAUAGAAUGCGCUGACUGCAAAGGAAUACUUACCCAGUUCGUAAAAGGCGUUAACAAAAUUCUAGCCGAAUACGAGUUACCACCUUUUUACGAUGAUAUUUCUUAUCACGUGAGUUUCUUGUGGUGCAUCGGCGACGAAUUCACUGCUUUGAAUAACUGUGUCCCUACCUUGACUAGUACAUUGACUCAUUUUCUGAUCGAGCAUCCAGAAGAGAGGUACAUAGACGUUACGAAAAUACAUCUCAAAAUUGGAAAUAAAUUAUAUGUAUUUAACUUAAGAUAACAUAUCUCGCAAUUAAAUUAUACACGGAACGCAAAUAAGGAUAUCGUUUGCGAAUGUUUAUUCUGUUAA